AUGAAUUUUCUUUUUUUGAAAAUAUUUAAUCACGGUUCUUUUUCAUGUUGUAUAAAAGCACUAAUUUUAAAUGAAAUCAGUAGAAAACUCAUGUUCGAAGAUAAAAUUAUAAGAAAUAUAAGGAGGAGUAUAGCAUUUACAGAAACAUUAAAAAAGGAUUUUAUUCCAAUACUAGUCAAUACGAAAGAUCCUGAUGUGAUUGAUGCUCUUAUCAGAAUUUUAGUUAAUUUAUCCGUACCUGUAGAUUGCCUUUUACCAAUAGAAAUAAUGACAAAAACGGAUGCUGGAAGAAUAACGAUAUCGGAGAUAAAUAGUUUUUUAAUUAACAGUAAAGAAUGUUUUGUGGAUCCACGAACGACACGAGUCAUAAUCGAUUACAUGAAAAAAAUUAUCGAAGAAGAAAAAAGAAAAUUAACGGAAAAAGAAUGCGAGAGCAUCAACAAUUGUCUACUUUUAUUAAGAAAUGUUUUACACAUUCCAGAAACAAAAUCAAAUCAUUGCACUAUGCAAAAUCAAAUCGUAUGGAAUUUAUUUGUUCAGAACAUUGAUAAAGUAUUAAUUCAUCUCAUGACGUGCAAACAAAAGUCUUAUUGGGGUGUCACAAUGGUUCAAUUAAUUGCUGUGAUGUACAAAGAUCAACAUGUCGGCACGCUUCAAAAGUUAUUAAAUACGUGGUUCGAAGCAUCAUUAAGCGAAAGCUCCGAAGAUAAUGAAAGUAACACAUCCCCUCCAGAACAGGGAUCCGAUUCUUCUCCCACUAUGACAUCAUCCGAUCCGACUUCUGAUUCUUCUGACACGGGUGGAGGAGGACACAAAUUAACGGGAAAUCACGAAGGCUCGUCUGGAGUACCGCACGUGGUACAAAGAUCGUCAUCGGGCGUGACUGAAUGCAAUAGAGCGGGAAACAAAAUGAUCGUCUUUGAAGAAGGAGGAAAUAGCAAUAGCAAUUGUGCCAACGGUACCGAAAGAAAAACAAACAUACAGGGUUGUAAUAGAAAAAAUAAAAAUUCUAAUCGAAGGUCAAUAGAUGUGGAUUCUGGUGCUGCAUCUUUAUGUUCUUCAGAAAUUUCUGUAUCCUCAAAGAAUUCAAGUAUUCCCUGUCAAUCAAAUUCUACGAUAAUCAGAGGGAAACAAAGUCCGGAUAAUUUUCAACACAAACGCGAAUGUUUUUCUCCCGAAAUGUCCGAUUGUGGGUAUGGGACUCAAGUGGAAAAUCCAGAACUUGUUUCAACAUCCAGUAACGAAGAAGAAAGUCCGCAGACGAAGAGGCCAAUACAUCAAAAACCACAUAUACAAAAAACUCGUUACUGUACCAAACAACCCACGUUACAAGAAAAAAAAGAGCAAAGGAGAAAGAAGCUGGUGAAACGUAGCAAAACAGCCAUAGUUAAUAUUAAAGCUAUGGCUCAUCACGUACCUUCAAACGAAGACAUAACUCAUAUAUUAAAAGAAUUCACGGUAGAUUUUCUACUAAAGGCUUAUGGUCCUCUCGUUCAAGUUCUUCAUUCCCAACUAUUGUUGCCUUCGAACAUUGUUCGAAUCGACACGUCACAUUUUUUCUGGCUCGUGACAUAUUUUUUAAAAUUUGCAGCGCAGUUAGAAUUAGAUUUGGAGCACGUCAAGGAAGUUCUCUCGUACGACAUAAUAUCAUACCUGACGUACGAGGGAGUGAACAUUUGCGAAAGUUUAGAAAUCGAAUCGAGACAAGAAAGAACGGAUUUAAAGCCAUUUUUACGACGACAGCAUUUGGUAGUCACGGCAAUUCGAGAAUUCAUACAAGCAACGGAAACGUAUGGGAAAUUUUCACAUUUGAGCACGGAAGAUAAAAAAUUUUUAACGAAUUUACAAAUUCAAAUUAGUUCUACGGACGAUUUGAAAUGUCUCUUCGUUCUUUUACUAAGACAAUACGAUCAAAACAUACAUAAUAAACAAUAUCUACAAGAUUUGAUAGUGACCAAUCACAUUUUACUUUUCUUCUUGGAAAAUUCUUCUAAAUUAGUGCAAAAAAAAAAUUUAGGAUUUUCAUUGAUCACUCAUAUAAAACAGUUUGCCACUGUCGACGUCAUGCGACAAUAUGGAAUUCUUCUAGAAGAUUUCGAAAGUAAUGGUGAAUACAUAAACGAUUGCGUUUUUACAAUGAUGCAUCACAUUGGGGGUGACAUGAAUCAAGUGACGAGUUUAUUUCAACCGAGAAUAUUAAAAACAUUUACUCAAAUAUGGGAAGGAGAUUUUCAAAUUUGCGAUGAUUGGUCGGAUUUAAUUGAAUACGUUAUACAUAGAUUUAUUAAUUUGACUUGGACAAAAGAUGAAUGUGAAAAUUUAUCUUGGUAUUUUGCUCAAAGUUCAUCUGAUAAUGAUUCAAUAUCGACGGUACUUAAACUUUACGAACAAUCCGGUGAUAAUCCCGCCAAAAUACCUGAUUCGAACAGAUUAGAAUUUUUAAAUAGUGAAAAAAUGACGGUUGAUAAUAACACAGCAGACGACAUAAACUACUUGAGAGAAAUUCUUAUAAAAAACAACAGAGGACCACAAUUAACAUGGCUGCAAGGUUUACUCAUCGAAGUUUGCUACGUUAAAUUGGUUAAGGAUUUAAAUUGCGACGUUAAUUACGAUCCGAUUACAAAACCUUUGGAACCUAUACCUCAUUAUUAUUCACAUUUGAAUCAAUCCAUACCAAUAGUUUCGUGGAAUGCUGAACAAGCCGACGUUCUUCUUCUUCAACCGUUUCAAUUGUUAUUACAUAAAUUAGGAUUUCAUUUACCCGCGGAUACGGGUAAAGUUUUUGCAAGGAUACCGAGUUUUUGGACGGUCGAUGUUUUAUUUAGCGUCGCACAAAAAUUAGGACCCAUCGUGACGUCAAAAUUAAAAUUUGAAACAAAGUAUUUAACGGAAAAAUUAAGCGAUUUUAAAAAACAAGACAAAGAACAAGGAAACGCGGUUAAAAAUGAUACCCAAUCGUAUUCAUUUUCAAAGGGUAAACAUCAUUCCUGUCUCAUCAAAUAUAAUCCGCUGCCGAAUUCUACUCAUCAUUGGUUGGAUUUGGUAAGACAUGGAAACACUCUACCCAUAACAAUAAUCGAAUCGAGAAGUAAAGAAUGCGACGUUAUGGAUUCGGACGUGGCAAGCGUUUGUAGCAUAUGCGAAACAAACAGAGAAUUAUCAUCAUCAUCAGUUGCAUCGGAUUUAACGAGAAUGUGUAUAAGCGACGAAGAACCCAUGACAAUGUUAUAA